AUGGUGCGUGCUACGAAUGCAGAGCAGCGGGAUUUGAUUGUGCAAGUAAUCCACAGCUUGCAUUCCUCUGAAGAAAACUGCAAACCAGUGCAAAUAUUCUUCACUGGCCCGGCGGGCUGUAGCAAAACGUUCACUUUGCGCAUUCUAAUGGAGACAGUGAACCGGUACAGCCAAGCUCAUAAUAAGCAGCACAACGCUUAUGUAGCAUGCGCAUCCACUGGAAAAGCAGCGGUUGCAAUAGGUGGAACAACAGUGCAUUCCGCAUUCCGGAUUUGCAUGUCGCGUAGGCAAAGCUCAAAGCUGAGUUUCGAGGCAUUACAACUGUACCGGAACGCCUUCGCCAACGUGAAGCUCAUCAUUAUCGACGAAACAAGCAUGCUGGGUGCUGAUGUCCUCAACACAGUACAUGUCCGGCUUCAAGAAAUCACGGGGAACUACGACGAUCCAUUCGGUGGAAUGUCGAUCGUAUUUUGCGGCGAUCUUCGUCAAUUGCCACCGGUCAAUGCACGGGCGGUGUUUAAACCGAGCAUAAACUCCAUGCAUGGCGCCGUUUUAUGGCAAUCUCUCGACUUCUACCCAUUGGUUCAAGUUAUGCGACAAACCAACGAGUAG